AUGGAGAACGCGCACACAAAGACGGUGGAGGAGGUGCUGGCUCACUUCGGGGUCAACGAGAGCACGGGGCUGAGCCUGGAGCAGGUCAAGAAGCUCAAGGAGAGAUGGGGCUCCAACGAGUUACCGGCUGAAGAAGGAAAAACCCUGCUGGAACUUGUGAUUGAGCAGUUUGAAGACUUACUAGUUAGAAUUUUAUUGCUGGCAGCGUGUUUAUCUUUUGUUUUGGCUUGGUUUGAAGAAGGUGAAGAAACAAUUACAGCCUUUGUAGAACCCUUUGUAAUUUUACUUAUAUUAGUAGCCAAUGCCAUUGUGGGUGUCUGGCAGGAAAGAAACGCAGAGAAUGCAAUCGAAGCCCUUAAGGAAUAUGAGCCUGAGAUGGGUAAAGUGUACAGACAGGACAGGAAGAGCGUGCAGCGGAUCAAAGCCAAAGACAUAGUUCCUGGGGAUAUUGUAGAGAUUGCUGAGACAGAGAAGAAAGGUUCUGGAGGAAAAAUUGCAGAACAGCUCCUUGGCAAGAAUAAGAAUUUUCCACUACCACUUGCCCUAAGGACAUUGACUUGCCCCAUCAGGGAAAUAGCACUGGAUUUAAUCAUCAGAACAGCACUGCCUACUCCCGCACAAAACCCUCUGUCUGAAAUUCACAGAAGCCUGCAGACAAAGAAAAAUUAUGUCUUAGUUUGA